AUGACUGCCGCUACGGUCUAUUUGUUCUUCCAUUUCAAGACGGAACCGAUAUUCAACGUUGGAGACGCUAUGGCUUUUUAUCUCGAACAUCCCGAAAACUCCACCAACUUCGCAUUGUGUAAUCAAGCAUGGGCACAAUCAUGGCCCACUAAAAUUUCCUUCUUAGGCGAUGUUCGAAAGCCGACUUUGUCGAAAGGAUACUGCAAAAGAUCCUGGACACUCGCAAUAGUAACCGCUGCAACGACAACGGCCACGGUCCCACAAUGGCGCGAACAAUUUUCAACUCCCAAAUCAUCGGAGGACACUAUGUGA